AUGUCGCUGCUGAAGCUGGAGCGCUGGGUUUUCGAGGAACCGCGAAAGGCAACAGCAAUUUUCGCGGCAGGCGUUCUUGCACUGAGGUGGUUGCUGCAGCGCAAGAUUGAUCGCUUCCGACAGGUGCCGGGAGUCUUCUACCUUGGCGUCCUGCCGGAGAUCGGAUCAGGUAGCAAGCUGGCAGAGAAGCUCGACGAGUUUUCUGAAAAGCACGGUGAGGAGGGUGUCUACGAGAUGGAGUUUGUAGGGACUCGAACCAUCGUCUGCUGUGGGUGGGACGCCAUGUCCACCGUGCUGAAGCUUCGUCCCUUCAAGGUUACCAAAGGUGGCAUCGGGGACUCGGUUCCAGACUUGGCCUUCAGCGACGGGGUCUUCUUUUCCGAGCACGCUAAGUGGCAGCGCGAGCGGCGCAUCCUUUCUCCGGCCUUCAACAUGAAGAACGUUGCAAGCUAUGCUCCUUCCGUUUGCGCUGUGAUGGAUCAGUUCAUGGAUGCCCUGGAUGAAGACUGCCGGCUCCGGGGAGAGACCAACUUCUCGGACCUUUUGCCCAUGCUUGCGGCGGAUCUUGUUUGCAAGACCGGUGUCGGAAGAGACUUUGGGCUGCUACCGGCGAGAAGUCAAGAGGAGGUGAAGCAGGUGCGCGAGAUGCUGAACACUUUGGGCUCCCGUCUCUGGAGCCCUCUUCCCUACUGGAAGAUCCCCGGCCUCGCGAGGCGUCUUGACCCUGGCUUCGUUGCUGAUGAAAAGAUGAGACAGAAGCUGAAUGGCAUGCUGGACAACGUGACGGGCGAAGGUGCCACCGUGUUUGACAAGCUUAAGAAGAUGGCGGCUGAAGGCGAAUCUCUCAGCCGCGAGGACCUCCUGGGGAACUUGAUGGUCCUUUUUGUGGCCGGCACGGACACCACAAGUCAGGCUCUAUCCUGGGCCUUCUACCAGCUUGCCUGCCUUCCGGAACUACAGGAGGAGCUGGCUGCUCAGCUGAAGAUGCUGCCCGAUGGCCAUCUGAUGCCGGAUCAGCUUGAGUCCGUGGAGUUAUUGAGCGCGAUGUGGCUGGAGACAUUGCGAUUUCACGGCGCUGCCCCGUUCCAGUCGGUGAUGAACCUUGAGCCCAUCACACUUGCCGGCCGUACCGUGCCUGCCCGCACUAAGAUUUGGCUGCACUACCGCUACAUUAUGAACAACUCGCCGGAGAUGAAGAAGAAGCUGGGUGAAGAUCUUAACAUCUUUCGGCCUGCGCGCUGGAUCGGCCCGGAAGGCAUCAUCAAGGUUCCGCCUUUCGACAGCUUGGCCUUUGGGCACGGUCCACGCAUUUGCCUUGGCCGGCACUUGGCAGAUUAUGAGGGCAAGAUAGUGCUGGCCAUGGUGCUGAAGAAGUUCGUGCUGGAGAAGUGGACAAAGCCACCCAUGGAAGAACGAACAGGAUUCUUGAUCUUCCCCGCCGAAGACAUUGUCGUCCGUCUGAGCCGCCGGGAAUAA